AACGACACGGCUCUACCUCUGAUGUCUGUGGCAACAAACUCUCCUCCGCAAUCUGUGAACAGGCCAGGAAAGCGGCACCAACGACACAUAGCUGCCCACCAAUUCGCCCCUGCCAAAGGGCUGAAAGACUUACGACCUGUCCACACGUCCUGGAGGUUGCCUCGCCCAGGGUUGAGUCCUGGACACAUCCCAUAAUCUUACUCAUCCGUGCACGCGUGUCGAUCAGCAUCCGUCUGCACUCUACCUCCGGGCGCCUCAUUACAAGCAUCUCAAAUCUGCCCAUUACCAUCUCACGUACUCGUGACACCCGGCGCAGAGCUAGUCUAUCGGUAGCCGGGCAGCCCGGGGCCAUCAUGGGUCCAGCCGAGACCAGGCGCCCUCUGGCGACUCCAGCGGCACCCUUCUCGUCCAGACCACCCAGUCCACCUGGGAUUAACAUACCAGCUGUGCCUGUUAACAGAGCGUUGCAGCCCAUCACGAUAGUCCCCAGCUUCGAAAAUGUCGAUCCGGCCGCUCUGAGCGCAUCAGACCUCCAGAUCAUCACUCAGAACGGCAAGGAGCAGAUCGCGACAGACUCGGCACUUAAGUGGACGUGGCAGAGUCGCCGGCAAGCUCAGCCAGUUCUCGACUUCCUCUACCUUGGCCCAUCCAGCGUCGUGAAAGACCGACAGUGGCUCAAGGACAAUGGCUUCACUAUGUUGCUUGCUGCUCGCACUUCCUGGAUGGCCGAGGUGCAGCUGCUGAGUGUCCAUCGCGUCGCCGAGGAACUGGGCAUCCAGGCUGAGCACGUCGACGUCUCUGACAAUCAAGAGCUUAUCCGCGCGUUCCCCAGCGUCGUGCGCAAGAUCAAUGACCAUAUGCUCCGCAUAUACAGGGAGCAGGCAGUCUCGAACGACGGCCACGGCCAGCAUGAGCAAAUGCAGACUACUGGUGGAGAGGACAGCAGCAUGGUGAUCGACCAGCAUAACUUCCAGCGCGGCAAGGUGCUCGUCUUCUGCGAGUCGGGCAAUGAUCGGUCUGCUGCCGUGGUGGUGGCGUAUCUCAUGGCCGUGUUUGGACUCGACAUUUUCGCGGCCUGUCAAUUUGUGCAGUACCGACGCUUCUCCGUCAGCCUCGACGACAACCUCAAGCAGCUUCUUAAUACAUAUCAAGGCAUCCUUGAAGCGCAACGUACAGUCAACACGUUCCAUAUGAACCCCGCCAAUGUCUUGGCUGUAAGCAACAGCUUGAACAACGGCAGCAGCAACUUUGCGCAUAAGCGAGGAAUAGAGGACGCCAUGCAUGUGGACGGCGAAGACGAAAGUGUCGAUGCUUCAGCUACGUACGAUGGUAUCCUCGAUGCUGACAGAUAUCGAGAUCGGCCACAUUUUGUGCCUUUCGUCGAUCACACAGGCGAUGUUUGAAACCGGGAGGGUGAUUAUAGAGACUUCCAGGAGCAUCUUCAUCAGAUGGAGCUGGUGUUCGGUUUGCACCAGUGGCUUCAGUGCAUUGCAUUCUUGCGUCUUUCCAGCCGGCGUUGGUGAGGAGGCUUCACAUGUUUCUAGCAUUGGCUCUCUGUCUCGGGCCUCUCGCAUUACAUCAGAGUUAUAAUACAAGCGAUCGAGGUAAUUGUUUACGUCGAUCCAGUCUCAUCUUA